AUGGCGCUAGAUCCGCGCUUCUUCAACCAUAUCGACCAGGCGGGGCCUGGUUCGAUCUCCUCCGCUUCUUCCUCCGAAUUCUCGGCUGCCACGGGCAUCACGUCGCCCAGCAUCCUGUCCACCUCCGCCUCCGCCGCCACGCUCAGAUCGACCGCGUCCAGCCCGUCAUUACGCGCCCGAGAAGGCAUCCCAGUUCAUGUCGCACGCCAGGAUGGACCUGGCAGUCCGUCGCCGGGAGGAAAUGUGCGCGUCGUGGUGCGAGUUCGGAAGUUUCUCCCUAGAGAAAUCCAACGCCAGGCGGAAUGUCUCAUCUCGAUGGACCCUCACACCCAGAUGACGCUCCUACAUGCCCCGAAGCGAAGCCCAGCCGAUCUAGCAAAACCAAAGUUUCAAGCCCGUGGCAAGGUCCUCGAAGACAAGUCGUUCACAUUCGAUAAUUCAUUCUGGUCCCACGAAGAGGAGGAUGAGCAUUAUGCGCACCAAGAGGAAGUAUACAACUCACUUGGUGAAGAAUUUCUGGAUCAUAAUUUCGAAGGUUACCACACUUGCAUCUUCGCCUAUGGACAAACGGGUUCCGGCAAGAGUUAUACAAUGAUGGGAACGCCCGAGCAGCCAGGAUUGAUUCCUCGUACCUGCGAGGAUCUUUUCCAGCGCAUCGAAUCAUCACCCUCGCCCGACAUCAGUUAUAACGUCCGAGUAUCCUACUUUGAAGUGUAUAAUGAGCAUGUGCGGGACCUUUUGGUACCACGGACAGACCCCCCGCAUUACCUUCGGAUCCGCGAGUCUCCAUCAGAAGGUCCAUACGUCAAGGACCUCACGGAAGUGACAGCAAGGAACUACACAGAGUUGAUGAAGUUUAUGCGCAAGGGUGAUGUCUCACGAACCACGGCAAGCACCAAAAUGAACGAUACCUCCUCUCGAUCACACGCCGUUUUCACGAUAACUUUGAAGCAAAUACAUCACGAUCUCUCCACGGACGAAACGACGGAACGUACGGCUCGCAUUCGCCUUGUCGAUCUUGCAGGUUCUGAGAGGGCCAAGUCGACUGAAGCAACUGGCGCACGACUCCGUGAAGGUUCGAAUAUCAACAAGUCACUCACAACUCUUGGCAGAGUGAUAGCUGCGUUGGCAGAUCCCAAGAAAACCCGAGGCGGCAGAAAGGGCAAAGAUCUGGUGCCUUAUCGUGACUCCAUUCUCACAUGGUUGUUGAAGGAUAGUCUGGGCGGAAACUCAAAGACGGCAAUGAUUGCAUGUAUUGCCCCUGCAGAUUAUGAGGAGACACUUUCCACUCUACGAUACGCCGACCAGGCCAAAAAUAUUCGCACUCGUGCACGGGUUAACCAGGACCAUCUAUCGGCUGCCGAGCGCGACCAGCAGAUUGCGGAGAUGACGGAAACUAUUCGCACCCUUCAGCUAAGCGUGAGCCAAGCAAAUGAAAACCAGCGCGCAACUCAGCUUCAGGACGAGAAGUUGGAUGAAUACCAGCAGAAGGUUGAGAAGAUGCAGCGUCUAAUGGAGGAAAGCCAGAUGGUCAGCAAGUCCAAAAUCCAACAGUUACAGACAGAAAAUGAGGCACUGCGCCUGCACCUGAAACUUGCCCUGGAAAGUCUCAAGAACCCAAUUCCGCCAGUUAAUAUCCCUCAACGACAACCUAGUCUCGCAUCAUUGGCGGAGGAAUCCCCGUCUCCCCUUGCAACAAAAGAAAACCGUUCGCGAGAGGGCUCUCCCGCCUAUUCAGAAACCGAGAGUGAGACCGAUGUCUGGGAGGAUGAGGAGGAUGAAUCGACGGAUAUGAACGAGCAGGAGGCGUACCUGAUGCAAAAUCACAUGCAGGAUCUCCUUGGCGAUUUGAGUGUUUUCAAACGGAAGCUAGCAACCGACCAUGAGCGCUGGCACCAUGACGAGCAGACUGCGACUCGCAAACGUCGAGCUCUAAGGCAAAUAGCUGCCAAUAAUCGUUAG